CGGGAAUCUCCGAGAGUUUACGUUUAUCCCAGAAGUCACCUGUUGGGAACCGGAAUAUAAAACAUUGGGUGCUCUUGUCAACUGAGUGUUUGGAGGCUUAGCAACCACUAAGAAACGAUCUACAAUGGCUGAAGUUGAAGAAACCCUGAAGAGGCUGCAGAGCCAUAAAGGUGUGAUGGGAAUCAUAGUCAUCAACCAAGAAGGAAUUCCGAUUCGUACAACUCUGGAUAAUUCCACCACUGUACAGUGUGCUGGUCUCAUUCACCAGUUGACAGCCAAGGCCAAAAGCGUUAUCCGAGAUAUUGACCCUCAGAAUGACCUCACAUUCUUGAGAUUAAGAUCUAAGAAACACGAAAUAAUGGUGGCACCAGAUAAUGACUACAUGUUGAUCGUGAUGCAGUCAAAGGACCAGAGUGCAUGAAGAUUUAAAGUUAUCUUACAAGGAAGCAAUUAUGGAACAUUUUGAAAACAGAUCAUUUAAUAAAUAAAUGACUGGCUUUAAUACAUUUUAUCAUUUACCUGAACCUUUGUUUAUAAAACUUGAGAGUGCAGUCUUAGGACUAACGCUGUAACAACAUGUAAUCUGUUUUAGUCAUACUUUCAACAUAUUCUCCCAAGUUUCAUAGGCAUAGGUUCAAUGUUGAAGAUAUCUCUUUUUUUUUCUGGUCCGGGAAUCACAACAUAAUUUUGUAUUAUCUAUUGCAUAUAUAUGUGUUAUUAAAUUUUGUAUUUAUUUGGCUAUCCUUCGGGAAUUUGCUUCCAAGUGAUGUGCAAGCCCCAUAUUGAAAAUAAGACAUUUUAUUCUUAAUAUGUUUAAUCAGAUUCCAUGCUCGUGGUAGCAGCAGCUAUAUACACAUGACAAAAUGUAAACACUGCCUGAUUUUAAACAUUUUCGUUUAGCUGUGUGAUACUACUUGGUUUACAGUUUUAAGCUGUAAAUUCUGAGGUAGUCCAGUGGACAAAAGUAAAAUGACAAUAAAUUUGGACACAAUAGGUGGUCAUUUCAUUAGAUCAUGGUAUUUUUCUUUUUGAAAUAAGUUAAAGAUGUUUAUUUAACUUAAGAAUACAAUGUCUAAUUUCUUUAUGGAUCCAGAUUUCUGGAACUGUACAUAUUGUGACUGUUGUCACAAAAACCAUUCCCCAGCAUUAUAUUGAUAUUGCUAACAGUAUAUGUAGUGAAUGACUUGACAGUUAAUUAGCACGACAGUAUGUUACAGUGUUGGUUUUGUUCCUUUAUCACUGCUGAUAUGAAAGCUCAGAAAUUAUUUAAUAAGUUUAGCUCAUCUUGGACAAUAUUUAAAAAAAAAGAAUUUUGUGUUUAUUUAAAACAAUAAAAAUCUAAUGCAUGUACAUUAAGAAAAUUUACAGUUCACUAAAGGAAAAAUGAAAAAAAUUAAGAAUGACUAAACAGUUUUAGUAACAAGCAAGUUUAUAACUUUAAAUCAUUCAGUUAAGUCAUAAAACGAUUAAAUAAAACAAAAAAGAUAAUGAUUUAAACAGAUAUGACUGUAAUGAAAGUUUACUAUUGUUUUUAUGAAGUUUCUUGUAUUAUACAAUUCUUUGUGUCUUCAGUUGCUCUCUGCUUUCAUCUCUCGUCAUCCGAGUAGUUAACUAGUUGUUCUAUUUCAUGGUCAUGUUUGACCCGGCAGUGCAUUUGGUACAUGGGUCAGUUAUUGUAAUUUAACAUUGUAUUGUAUGUUCAUUAGAUAGAUAUUAAACAUGUAUCUCAAAUGGAAAAAUAAAUACAAGAAACAUUG